UACCGACUUUCCCCGUCCUCCUAAGGCAAAAUAGCUUCUACGCUUUGCUUCGGUUUCUUUCUUGAAGAAAGAUUCUGGUUUUUGGGAAGGGAAAAAAAAAGAUAAACUGAACCUCCAUUUCCAAUUUCUGCUUAGUUUCUUUUUGGUUUUCGGGUUGAUUUGGUUUCUGGGCUUCAAUAUUUCUUGAUCCCAACAACCUUUUACCGUAGAUUUUGGAUUUGGUGAGGUUUUGAAGAAGGUUAAAAAAAAAAAAAACAAGAAGGCGACGAAAUUUGAGCUACCCCAUCAUGCAAAGAUUGGUUGAUCAUGCUCUUGCCGUUACUAAAGAGUCAGUGAAGGCAGUUACAUACGAGUCUGUGAACAAUGUUGUGAGGAUAAUCAAUGGAGUCUCAGCCCUUUUGUUGGCGUUACUACCCGGGAAAGCUAAUAUGCUUGAAGGCAUUCAAGGUUGGGAACUCAGGCCAACUUUCCGCGGACCACGGUUACCGCGUUGGAUGGAGAAUGGCGUGUCCUCUUUCAACCAUUUCAUUCAUGAACUUUCUGUGGAUUCUGAUACGAGUCCUGAUUACUCAUCUGAAGAAGAAGAUAGUGAUAGAUACGAGUACCCUCCAUCUCCUGCAUCUCACUGUUCUCGAGCCUCUGAAGCAUACAAUAGGCAUCAGAUGGAUUGGUUCCAGUAUAUUUUACUGUGGAUUUUAUUACCUUUCAAGUUAUUACUAGCGAUUCCAGUUCGGCUUUUCCAGUUAUUUUAUUAUGCAGUGUUAAAAGUCCUGCAUAUCCCUAGCAAUCACCGUCCCUCCCGUUUACAUGCACAUAGGAGGAUGCAAAGCCUCAAGGAACAAAUCAUCCACCGCGCUACGGAUAGGAGACGUGGAGUUGUAGAGGAUGUUCAUCUAGCUAUAGAGAUAUGUAUAGAAGCUGUCUUUGACUUUUUUCACAAGGCAGCACAUCUUCUUCUGUCCCCAUCAGAAGCCUUCGUGGCAAUAGUGAGCUUGUUUUCAUCUCAUGGAAGUGGCAUUGAACAAGAUCACGAUACUUUUAAGGAUGCUGCUAUUUCUACAGCAACGAGAGGUGGGGAUGACCCGGCACCAACAGAGAGGAGUACCAACCUCCAUCAGUCUCUGAAUACAGAUGCCCGAACUUGUCAGGAUGUCAUAACAGAGCUUGGAUAUCCAUAUGAAGCUAUUCAUGUGAUCACUUCUGAUGGAUAUAUUAUUCUCUUGGAAAGAAUACCCAGGAGAGAUUCACGGAAAGCUGUUUUUCUUCAGCAUGGGGUUUUGGAUUCAUCAAUGGGUUGGGUAUCAAAUGGUGUUGUUGGCUCUCCAGCUUUUGCAGCCUAUGAUCAAGGGUAUGAUGUAUUUCUCGGUAAUUUUCGUGGUUUGGUUUCAAGGGAGCACGUCAACAAGAACAUCUCAUCGCGCGAAUACUGGCGGUAUUCCAUCAAUGAGCAUGGCACUGAAGAUGUUCCUGCUAUGAUAGAGAAAAUCCAUGAAGUAAAAUGUGCUGAAUUGAAGCUUAGUAAACCAGAGAGUGAGGAGGAAAUAGAUGAUUAUCAGCCUUACAAGCUUUGCGCAAUUAGCCAUAGUUUGGGAGGAGCUGCUAUGAUAAUGUAUGUUGUUACACAAAAGAUACAAGAGAAGCCUCAUAGACUUUCAAGAUUGAUUCUACUAUCGCCGGCUGGUUUCCAUGAUGACUCAAACAUCGUAUUUUCCACAGUGGAGUUCAUGUUGGUUCUGGUGGCUCCUAUUUUAUCCCUUUUUGUGCCUGCCUUCUAUAUCCCAACCAGAUUCUUCCGCAUGCUUGUUAACAAGCUUGCUCGGGAUCUCCAUAACCUACCUGCCGUCGGAGGGCUAGUUCAAACUUUAAUGGGUUAUGUCGUUGGCGGCGACAGCUCAAACUGGGUCGGAGUUCUAGGGUUACCACACUACAACAUGAACGAUAUGCCCGGAGUGUCUUUCCGGGUCGCCCUCCAUCUCGCGCAGAUAAAACGAACCAGAAGGUUUAGAAUGUUUGACUAUGGCGCAUCCACCAACAUUGAAGUGUAUGGUUCGCCGGAGCCAUUAGACUUGGCGGAGUUCUAUGGGAUCAUCGACAUUCCCGUCGAUCUUGUUGCCGGACAGAAAGAUAAAGUGAUAAGGCCUACAAUGGUGAGAAGACACUACAAAUUGAUGAAAGGUGCUGGUGUAAAUGUAUCAUACAAUGAGUUUGAAUAUGCACAUUUGGAUUUCACAUUCUCCCACCGUGAAGAACUCUUGUCUUAUGUCAUGUCAAGGUUGUUGCUUGUGGAUCCAAAUCACAAGCCUCAAAGGGUUGCAAGGUCAAAGAAAAAAGAACAAAUAGCAGCAGCUAGCAGCGACUAGAAUAGUAAUUUUUUCUUACUAGCCUACUUGCCAAUUUCUUGCAUGUGUGAAUAUAUAGAGCUGUUUUGUAGUAGGUAAUCUUUUUCCUUCAAAUGUGGAGGGAAAAUGGACUUUUUUUCGAAAAUUUAUUUUGUUGUAUAAUAGUUUGCAUGUGUAUAACAGUGGAACAGAUGCAAUAGAGAGAGAAUCUAGGUUAAUGUUGUAAUUUGGUAGUUUUUUGGGACAAUUUGAUGUUACCUGAUUUCACUGAUUCCAGUAACACUUCAGAUUUAGUA